CUGUCCCCGCCCCUGAGCCCGUGACUCCCUUGCUGAAUCCCUUUGCUGCCGGCAGGAAGAGUAGGAGGAGCUGACCGGCUUUUGCAAACCCCGUGAGAGCUCUCUCCCAAGAGGUUGAAAAAACGCCGCGUCUGGUUUUCCUGGAUUCAGAGGAGCAGAAGAUAGAGCAUAUCAUAUCGUGCUGCCCUCAUCCAACGCCCACUGACUCAAUCAUGUGAAGUCAUACGCUGGAAAAUGAAUACUCUGAAGAAAGAAUAUGGGAUCUGCUGGUACCUCGAGCUUAUUGUCCAAAGAGAAGGUCUUUGCAGUUGCACAAUUUGCCAGUGUGUCAACUACACCUGUUCCAUCAAGCACUGUGCAGUCCAUACUGUAAAGUAAAAGACUCAAAGUACAUUGCUCACAUGCGUGUAGGCUUGCAGCCUGGCCACCUCCUGGAAUCCCACCCCUUUGCUACAGAAACCAGUGUCCUCUUUUCCUCCCAUUCCCGAGGAAGAAACAGCCUUUCCAAACCUGAGUGGUGGGGUAUUGAGACCAAGGAUUGUUGAUUCCUGCCAUUUUGCUGUUUCUGGGGGAGACCACCAAGGCCAUCAGAGGGCUGAUGCAUGUACGUCUUCACCACAUACUGCCUUAUAAUAAGGCUCACAUGCCCAGUGCCACAAGGUGCCAGAUGUCUCCCCAUUGGCCUAAGAACCCCGACCGGCUCGUCCCUGUGUCACGUUAGUAUGGUGCAAGUGACCAUCCCAGACAGUUUCUUGAAUGUGACUGUUGGAUCUAAUGUCACUCUGCUCUGCCUCUAUACCACCACUGUGACAUCGCUGGACAAGCUCACAAUCCAAUGGUCUUUCUUCCACAAUAAGGACAUGGAGCCAAUUUCUCAUGGCUCGCACCCCAAUACUGAGGGUAUGGAGGAAAAGGCAGGCAGUCAGUGUCUAAAUAUGGCGCAUGCAAGAGACGCACGGGGAAGAUGUAGCUGGACCUCUCAGAUUUACUACUAUGAAGGCGGACAAGCUUCGGCUAUUGGGCAAUUCAAGGAUCGAAUUAUAGGGUCAACUAAUCCAGAGAACGCAUCGAUCACCAUAUUGCAGAUGCAACCAGCAGACAGUGGAGUUUACAUCUGUGAUGUCAACAACCCUCCAGAUUUUGUCGGCAAAAACCAAGGCAUUCUUGCUGUCAGUGUUUUAGUCAAACCUUCCAAGCCCUUUUGUACCAUCCAAGGAAGACCAGAAGCAGGCCACCCAAUCUCCUUGUCUUGCCUUUCUGCUGUUGGAACACCAUCCCCUGCGUAUUACUGGUAUAAGAUUGAGGGGAACACCAUCGUGCCAGUAAAAGAAAGCUUCGACUCGGCCACUGGAGUUUUGGUUAUCGGAAAUCUGACAAAUUUUAAGCAAGGCUAUUAUCAGUGCACUGCCGUCAACAGUCUCGGCAAUAGUUCCUGUGAAAUUGACUUAACCUCUUCGCAUCCAGAAGUCGGUAUCAUCAUUGGGGCCUUGAUCGGCGCCCUGAUAGGCGCUGCUGCCAUCAUCUGUGUGGUGUACUUUGCACGGAACAAAGUUAAGUCAAAGCAAAGGAAGAGGAACUUAAACCUGAGCACGGAACUUGAGCCAAUGACAAAGGCAAGCCAUUCCCAAGACAAUGAAGUCAUUCCAUCUGAAGAGAUCCAGCUAGAAGCAACUCAUCCAUCUUCCAUUCAUGGCGCCCAGUCCACUGAACCUCCUACUGCCAUCUCAGGGCCAGAUUACGAGCCUGACCCCCAGCUUGAAACCACCACACAGCCUGACCCUGAACCAGAGCCUAUUCCAGUGCCCAAGAUGGAGAUUCAGUUGGAACCGGAGCUGGAGCCAGAGACAGAGCCUGAGUCUGAGCCUGAGCCUGAGCCUCAGCCUCAGCCUGGAAUUAUAGUUGAGCCCCUGCGCGAGGAGGGAAAGGAUUCAGUUCAGGCAUAGGCGUACAGAGGCGCGGCACUAAGUACGGCAGUUCUCACUUACGAACCCAUUCCUGGCCUUUAAUGUUUGGUGAACUUAACCAGUCCCCAGUUUGUCCUUCCAUCGUGGACAACCCUCAUCUAACAACAUGCUCAUACUUACCAUUAAUUCAAAAUAAAUAAACCAAGGCAACUACUAAAGAAAUGCAAA